AUGGCAACGCGGAGGGACUGGAGGCUGCCCGGGGCCAGCGUUCCGGUUGCUGACAUGAUGCCCCCACCCUUGGAGCAGGACCUGAAUGCCCUACUGGCUCACAAGGAGGAGGAGUGGCGAGCGCUGCAGGCCCAGCGCACCCAGAUGCAGGAGGCGACCCUGCAGGACACACAGCGCCGACUGGAGGAGGCUCAGGGGAAGCUGCGGCGCCUGCGGGAGGACUUCAUCUACAACCUGCAGGUGCUGGAAGAGCGGGACCGGGAGCUGGAGCUCUACGACGCCGCGUUCGCCCAGGCCCGAGGGCUGGAGGAGGCCAGGCAGGCUGAGGUGAGCGAGCUCAAGAUCGAAGUGGCCAAGCUGAAGCAAGCGCUGGCCAGCGAGACCCGACGGCUGGAGGACCUGCAGCGGCAGUACCAGCAGAGGCUGCAGGAACACCGCCUGGAGCUGGAGCGGGUCCACAGUGACAGGAACAAUGAGCUGGAUCAGCAGCGGGAGCAGUAUGGGAACCUGAAGUGGAAGCUGGAGAGGAGACUCAAGGAGCUGGACGGUGAACUUGGCCUGCAGCGGCAGGAGCUGCUCCAGGAGUUUGAGUCUGAAAUGCAGAAGCGGGAGCAUGAGUUCCGCCUGCGGGCUGACAACAUGAGCAGUGUUGUCCUGGCACACGAACUCAAGAUUAAACUGCUGAACAAAGAGCUUGCGGCCCUGAGAGAGGCUGGGGCGAAGGCUGCCGAGUCCCUGCAGGGCGCCGAGGUGGCGAAUGCGGAGCUGGAAGACAGGCUGCAGCGAAGAGACUGGGAGCUCCGAGACCUGGUGGCCGUGAAGGAUGCCCGGAUAAAAGACUUAGAGGGUAAACUUCACUCUAUGCAGCUCACCAGGAAAAAAGAAGAGGAGACAUUUCGGAGGAAGCAUGAGGAGCUGGACCAUCUCGCCAGGGAAAGGGACGCUGUGCUGAUGGCAGCAAAGAGCGCCCACAUGGAGCAGCUACAGGCAGCAGACGCCAGGGCCCUGGAGCUGCAGGCGCAAUGUGAGAACCUCGAAGUACAGCUCCGCAGGGCUGAGUGGAAGCAGGUGGAUGCCACCAAGGAGAAGGACGCCACCAUUGACAAACUUCGGGAAGAUGCAUCAGCUCUAAAAUCUGGCUGGGAUGCCCAGAUUGCUCAGCUAUCCAAGGAGAUGAUCUCCAAAGAUCUUCAGGUUCAGUCACUGCAGGAGGAGGAGAUGAAGCUGAAGGCACAGCUGGCAAGAUGCCAGCAGGAUAUUGGAAGGUACAAACAGCAGCUGUCUCUAGCGGUAGAGAGGGAGCAGAGCCUGGAGCGUGACAAGGUGCAGCUAGAGCUGGACUGGCAGCGCCGCUGUGAGGGUGUCGAGCGGGAGCAGUACCAGCAGGCCGAGGACUUGAUUCAGGGUCUGACAGCGGCCAGAGAUCAGGUUGCUGCCAAGCUCCAGGAGACGGAGCGGCGGCUAUGUGACCGAGAAGUGGUGCUGAAGGCCGUGACCCGAGAGAGAGACCAGGCCCUGCAGGCUCUGCGGACACAUGGGCUGCUCCCUGAGGAGGAGGCACAGAGGCCUCUAAGGCAUCAAGGAGAAGAAAUCAAUAAAAGCUUUCUGUCUAGUGAGAUCCAGCGGCUAAAAGAGCAGAACACAAGUUUGCGAAAUGUUAUUGCACAAAUGAGGAAAGAAAUGGAAGCUCUAAGUGAUCAAAUUCUUCCUUCUGCCCAGUUAGGAGGGGAGACCUCACACACAAACCAGCCUGACCCAAAGGCAGCAGCUGAUUCUGCGAUUCCUGGUUACGUUCUGGCCCUUGAAGCAGAAAUGCAAAAUCUAAAACAUAAAUUUAAAACACUGGAGGAACAACUAGAUGUGUUAGAUCCUUCGAAGACGUCCUUGUCCUGUGCCUGUGCUCAACCCAGUGUCCUGGUCUCCACGGAUACCACCGGAGGAACUGUGCCAGUUGAUAGAGCAUCCAUGGGACUGGCACUCAGGAGGCUUGGAGACAGAUCACAUCUCCUGAGCUUCCUGGUGGCACGACUGAGACAGAAGGUGUUGCAGGAACCCCUGGACGUGGACACCAUCCAGCGAGAGCUUCCCCACAAGCUGGACCAGGUGCACCUGGAGGCUCUGCAGCUGCAGAAGCAGGUGGCUGAGCUGGAGAAGCAUUUCGGGUCAGCUUGGAAGGAAAGUGGGGGCGCUGCCGGCAGGCAGCAGCCAAAGGCCUCAGAUACUGCAGCUGUUGGAGGAGAGGUUCCUGCAGACGGGGGACCUGCGGGGACAGAGGACCAUGGGACACAGCCCCUGCAGGUCCUGUCUGUGCCCCGACUCCAGAGGAAGCUAAAGGAGGCUGCCAGGAAGAUCCUGCGGCUGCGCCUGGAGAAGGAGCAGCUCCUGGAGCUGGGGAACCGGCUGCGAGCGGAGCUGGGGCACCUCACCGGGAAGCCACCUCAUCACCCCUUCCGCACCCCUGAGGCACAGGGCUCAGGUGAGGCUCCUGAUGUAUGCCUGGGACAGUGGCAACCCUGCCUCACAACUCAGGACCCUAGGAAAGCCAAGAAAGAAUGUUUCUCCGAAUGCUCCGGAAAGGGCCAAGCCCACCUGGCACAGACAGUCCACAGAAAGGAUGCUCGACCAGGCUGCACGGCGGGAGCAGGACUGAGACAACACAGGAGCUCCACAGUGACUUGCAGAUUAGCUCCUCAGAAAGAAAAUCAGUCCCCAAAGCCACGCCUGGCUCAAGAAUUCCAGGAGGAAACUGGCCACCACACACGAAGGUCCUCAUCACUUGCCAGCAGUUCCCUCCAGGACACAUGGAAGUUGCUGGACCUGGGAUCCAGCCCUUCUGGCCUCACUUCCCAGGAUGACUCACCUCCAGAGCACUCAGCACCGACAGCCUGUAGCCUCCAGCACCCGGAGGGAAGCCCCAUUGCGAUGUGGGCAGCCUUUGGCGUUGAAGGGAUGAAGAUGGAAGCCCAGACGAGGGGCAAGCCUGCUAAACAUCCCAGGGCUCAUCCUCCAAAACAUAAAGGCUGCCAGCGGCCCCCCAAGAUUCGGAACUACAACUCCAAGGACUGA